GAAUUAUUUUAUACCUUCGUAGUUUUUAUGAUUUGACCAAGAAGAUAUGGACAAAAUUACACAGUAUUUUACUUCCUGUGGUGCAGAGUUUCUUUUGAAUCGAAUUACUCAUUGUCAGGAAAGUAGUGCCACGUCGGAGCUCGCGGCUCAAUGCUUGAAAUGUGAAUGCAGCGAAAUCGCCAAAUCCAUCGCCAUUUUUGUUAAAAGCCCUGCGAGAGGAAAGGAAAAGCGGAAAAAUACUCAAAACCCCCCUGUCGCGGCCGAGGGUCCUGCAGAGUCGUUGGCUAAUUCUGUCUCACCUCUUUUUCCUGAUAAUCUCUUUCCGAUCAUCAUCGUGACAUCUGGGGAUUCAAAGAUCUUGAAAUCUAAGUUUAAAUCUCGUUUUCACUCCCAGCUGAAUCUGAUUUCCGACAGUAUUGUGGAAAAUGUCAUUGGAUACCCUGUAGGCGGCGUGUGCCCCUUUGGCAUCAACAGCAAUGUAAAGGUGUAUUUAGAUGUAUCCAUGAAGCGGUUCAAAACAAUUCAUGCGGCGUGCGGUACUUCUAACACAAUUAUCACAUUGACCUUGGAUGAACUGGAGGAACAUGCGCAGAAUUUUGUAGAGUGGGUAGACGUCUGCGAUGGAUGGCUGGGGAGUCAGGGUUAGAAGCAACUAGGAAGGCUAGCUUAUGAUGAGUAUUAAGUGCAGAAAAUUUAUGGAGAAGUAUAUUUACUUUUUUUUAUCCCUUUUUUUAAAAAAUUAGAGAGUGUUUUCUUUAGUUUAUAUUAACAUUUUAAUAGUGAUCACGCAGCGUACGUUAUUGUCAUACUUCAUGACUAUUUCUUUAUUGUGUUGUAUAUCAUUAAAGAAAGGGAUUUCCCCCCGAAAAUCCAAAUUUCUUCAUUUCAUAAAUAUAAAAUUUGUGUUUUAUAUGAUGAAUCUGUCUAUCCAUUUUUUUUUUGAUGAUGUACGCAAAAUAAUGGUAUUUCUGUCAAGAUGGAACUAUUUGAAUGGUUCCAUGAGUCUAAAUGUGUUUCCCUUUGUAUUCUAUAUUCACUAUCUUAGCGACCUACAUUGCAUAUGAAUAUCUGUUUCUUUUCAUCUUUAAAAGACCUAUUUCAGUUUUAAAUGAUUUGUUAAA